AUGUCGGUCGGCAAAGUCGGAAAGAUUCGCGAUUUUGACGUGAAGUCGGGAAACUGGACUUUGUACGAGGAGCGUUUGCAGAUGUUCUUCAAGGUAAAUAAGGUCGAGAAGGACAUGUGGCUUCCGAUGCUGAUCACGGGCGUGGGAGAUGAAACUUAUGAACUGCUGAGCACGCUGUGCAAUCCAAGAAAACCGGGGGAUGUAACGUACGAAGAGGCCGUUAUAAUUUUGAAAAACCACCUACAACCGAAACCUGCAGUCAUGGCGGAACGCUAUCGGUUCAGACAAAGAAGACAGAACGUGGGUAAACCUAAAUAUAUUACAAUGGCUACCUGA